AUGGAAGAAAAACCUGCUUUGUGGUACUCGCCAUCAGAAGAGGGAAUUUUUCCUACCCAAAAUGAUUAUAGCGAAGGCAGUGUUAAGUCAGCCAAACCAAAGUCUGAGGAAGCCAAAAGUUAUUUUCAUAAUUUUUCUUUAUUUUUGUUAUCCGAUCCUACAAUGUCGUCUCAAAUGGCGGAAGAACUUAAAGAAGCGGGUAAUCGUUAUUUUCAACAACACAAAUUUGAUGAAGCAAUCAAUGCUUAUAAUAGAGCGAUAAUUCACAAUCCAACAGUGCCAGCAUAUUUUACGAACAGAGCCCUAUGUUAUAUGCAAAAGAUGCAGUGGGAAAAUGCGGCAAACGAUUGCAGGAAGGCAUUAGAAUUAGAUCGAAAAAACGCCAAUUAUUUUCUGGGAAGGACGUGUAUUCAUCUGGGACAAUGUGAGGAAGCGAUUAAAGUGCUUACACGAGCCAAUGAACUGGCUGUGUACCAGAAGCUCAAUUAUGGUGACGAAAUAACAGCACAGAUAAGAUUAGCAAAGCGCGAAAUUUUUCGUAAAGAAGAAGAAAAAAGAAUCAGACAGGAAAUAGAGCUCCAGUCAUAUCUAAACAAUUUGAUCGAUGAGGAUUUUGAGAGAAAAUCAAAGAUAUUACGUGAAAAUCGUGAGGAAAGCAGUUGCGAAAAGUGUGAUAGUUCUAAUUUAAUUCAAGAUGACGUUACAGAUGUUUCUAUGGAAGAUGAAGAAACAGAGGAACAAACGUUAAGAGCAGAGACAGCUUUAAAUAAAGAGAAGCUAAACAAUCUUUUCGCCCAGGUCGAUGAUCGUAGGCGCAAGCGUGAAAUUCCUGAUUAUCUAUGUGGCAAAAUUAGUUUUGAAAUUCUGCGAGAUCCUGUAAUAACUCCGAGCGGAAUUACUUAUGAUCGAGCAGAUAUAAAAGAACAUCUUCAACGAGUUGGUCAUUUUGAUCCUGUUACAAGAGCUCCAUUAACCGCCGAUCAGCUUAUUCCGAAUUUAGCAAUGAAAGAGGUAAAUUCAACGACGUAUGAGAAAAUUUUUUAUAAUUUUUAA